AUGACAGAUUUAUCCAAGCCCCAAGAGAUCCCCCGACUCAGUCCCGAUCCCCUCACCGAUACGAAACGGUGGCAAGCCAUCUCAACCCGCGACAUCACAGCCAAUAGUUUCGUCUACGCCGUCCUCACCACCAAAAUAUACUGCCGCCCUUCAUGCCCAGCACGCCUAGCCCGCCGCGCCAAUGUCCAAUUUUAUGAUACCCCUCCGCAAGCAGAGAAAGCAGGCUUCCGACCCUGCAAGCGCUGUCGGCCGCAUUUGGGUCAGACGGCGGCUCAAAGCAACCCACAAACUACCAUGAUUAAAAAUGCCUGCGAGUCAAUCCGGAACAUUCUGACGGCAGGGCUGAAACCAAAGUUAAAAGAUCUGGCGGCUGAGGCUGGCCUGACACCCAGUCAUUUCCAUCGCGUGUUUAAGAAACAUGUGGGCGUGACGCCCGGUCAAUAUGUAGAAAGCCUUAUGCAGAGCAACCUGCACUCGCCCGACUCAUCACCCAAUGCUUUUUCUGGGGUUGAAACACCGCGCUUCGCCUCUGAUAGGGGUGAGAUGUUGGAUCUAGAUAGGAAUAGUGAGAAAGAGGCUGGUCUAUCGGCGGCUGGGGACGAAAUCCCAUUGAUGGGUGGCUGGAAUGAGUUCGAUGCACUGCUGGCGGAAUCAGAACAAACGUGGGUGCCUGAUUCAUUAUCUAUUGACCCUCAGAUGAUUCUGGCUGAGUGGUGA